UUAUUUUGGUGUGGCGAUGUGACGUCAUAAGGCUGCGCCGCGCUCCCGCGUCUGUGAUUCGGCCGAAGACUAAAGAGACUUUGGAUUCGGCUGAAGAAAGAUCUAUGUGACACUAUUAUAAAGAUGGCAUUUAUUAAAGUGGAGAGUAAAGACGUGAAGAUUGAAGAAACAUUCAGAGUCAAACGUGAAGAUACCGAGGAACAAACAAAGAUGGAGUUUAUUAAAGAGGAGAGUGAAAACAUAAGGAUUGAAGAAACAUUCAGAGUCAAACAAGAAGAUACUGAGGAACAAACAAAGAUGGCGGUUAUUAAAGAGGAGAGUGAAGACAUGAAGAAUGAAGAAACAUUCAGAGUCAAACAUGAAGAUACUGAGACACAAACAGACCUGAUGACACUGAAAGAGGAGAGUCAAGAACUUAUUGAAAAGGAAGAUGAUGUUCAGCAUGAGAAAUGUGGAUUCAUGACUGGAGAAAAAUCAGUUAGUUGCUCACAUACUGAAAAGACUUCACAAAAAAGAGCUCAAAAGACAGCAAACAGAAGUUGUUUCACCUGCCAACAGUGCGGGAAAAGUUUCACCAGAAAAGGAAAUCUUGAAGUCCACAUGAGAGUUCACACUGGAGAAAUGCCUUUCACCUGCCAACUGUGUGGAAAGAGUUUCAUUAAUAAACCAAACCUUAAAAACCACACAAGAAUUCAUACCGGAGAGAAACCUUACACAUGCUCUCAAUGUGGAACAAGUUUUAAACAUAAACAACACCUCUUUGUCCACAAGAGAAUUCAUACUGGAGAGAAACCUUACACCUGCCAACAGUGCGGGAAAAGUUUCACCAGAAAAGUCAAUCUUGAAGUCCACAUGAGAGUUCACACUGGAGAAAUGCCUUUCACCUGCCAACUGUGUGGAAAGAGCUUUAUUAGUAAACCAAACCUUAAAAACCACACAAGAAUUCAUACCGGAGAGAAACCUUACACAUGCUCUCAAUGUGGAAAAGGUUUUAAAGAUAAACAACACCUCGAUGUCCACAUGAGAGGUCACACUGGAGAGAAGCCUUUCAUCUGCCAACUGUGUGGAAAGAGCUUCAUUAAAAAACCAAGCCUUAAAAAACACAUGAAAAUUCAUACCGGAGAGAAACCUUACACAUGUUCUCAAUGUGGAAAAAGCUUUAAACAUAAACAACACCUUGAUGAGCACACGAGAGUUCACACUGGAGAGAAACCUUUCACCUGCCAACAAUGUGGAAAGAGCUUCACUCAAAAAGGGAACCUUAAAGACCACAUGAGGAUUCACACUGGAGUAAAGCCUUACACUUGCAAACUGUGUGGAAAGAGCUUCAUUAGUAGUUCAAACCUUAAAAACCACAUGAGAGUUCACACUGGAGAGAAGCCUUGCGCAUGUUCUCAAUGUGGAAAAAGUUUUACAUAUAAACAACACCUCGAUGACCACAUGAGGACUCACACUGGAGAGAAACCUUUCACCUGCCAACAAUGUGGAAAGAGUUUCACUCAAAAAGGAAACCUUAACAAACACAUGAAGAGUCACACUGGAGAGAAGCCACUUACCUGCACUCAGUGUGGAAAGAGUUUUCCACGCAAAUCAGUUCUUGAGUGUCACCUGAGAGUUCACACCGGCGAGAAGCCGUUCACGUGUGAUCAGUGCGGAAAUCGGUUCAAAGAAAAAGGACAGCUUAACAAACACAUGAAAAUCCACACUGGAGAAAAGCCAUUUACAUGUGAUCAGUGCGGGAAGGGUUUCACACUCAAACAAAUUCUUGAGCGUCACAUGAGAGUUCACACCGGAGAGAAGCCGUUCACGUGUGAUCAGUGUGGAAAGAGCUUCGCGCGAUCAGAACAUCUUCGAGGACACACGAGGAUCCACACUGGAGAGAAGCCAUUCAAGUGUGGUCAGUGCUUCAAAACGUUUUGUAGGUCAUCAGCUCUGAAGGAACACCUGGCAGUUCAUAUGAAGGAGAAGCCACAUUCCUGUUCUGAAUGUGGAAAGAGUUUUUCAGUGCUGCGGAGUUUACGUGUACAUCAGAAAAUUCACACUGGUGUGAGAGAGUACAUGUGCUUUGAGUGUGAGAAGACUUUUAUUUCAGUUUGCUCUUUAAAACUGCAUCAGAGAAUUCACACUGGAGAGAAACCUUACAAGUGUUCACACUGUGACAAGACAUUCACUCGGUCAGGAAGUCUGAAAACUCAUGAGAAGAUCCACAGCAGAGAGAAGCCGCACACGUGUGAUUGGAAAGAGUUGCGCUUUUAAAAGUCACCUGAAGCUACACAUAAAGAUCCACUCGGUGGAGUAACCACACAGCGAUGUUCACAAGUCUUCAUCGCUGGAGUCAGAGUCAAGUCUUGAGUGAUUUAAUGGAUUGCUCAAAAAAAUCUAAUUAAUAAUCCUCAUGAAUUGAACUCAUCCUAAUUACGAAGCUCUAGACAAAACAUGAUCUUCUAUGAUAUGAUAUGCUUUUGUGAGGUUAAUGUACAUCCAGCCUGUUACUUAGGUUUUAAUCCAUUACAAUGUACAAAACAGUUAUUCUGUAAACCAAUUAUAAUUAAAUCCAUAUAUUACAAAACCAUACAAAUAAAGUCUUUCUUUAUGAUACAAGUCAGGGGUAUUCAAUUAAAGUUCCAGGAGGUCCGGUCUCUUCCCAGCGGAGGUCUGGACUAAAAUAAAUUAUUUAUGGGCCAUUCUACAGAAUUGAGUUGGAAAUGUCUUGGAAAAAAAAUUGUAUGUAUGCAUAUUGUAUAAUA